UGAUUGCUAGCUCCCUGACAGGGUUCCCAGCCCUAAACUUAAAACCGACAGAGUCUAGUGCAGCUUGCACAGUCCCGGGAGGUACAGCGUGAGAGGCAGUCCUUAACCUGGAAUAUCCAUUCACUUUGCAGAUCCUGUAUAGAGUUGGCGAGACGUACAGAGACUACCCUGCGAUCCUGAGGAUUAUUCUAUUGGAACUUCAAUCCAGCUCCGGCUGGCUGUCAUAUUCAAUAGUGAACUAUUCUGGAUAAUGUCUUCGAUGGAAGGGAACUGGAUGUUUCAUUUUUUGUUCUUUCUUUCCAUUUCAAAGUUUGCAGUGGUCAUGACUGAGAACAGUACACGGAAUGUACCUGUGGAAUUAUACCAAGGAUUUGGCUUCACCAGGCAAAAAAUAAUGACUGCGCAGUAUGAAUGCUACCAGAAGAUUAUGCAGGCUCCCGCCCAUAAAGAAAAUGAGACAAACACUGCGUGUAGCAGGACUUGGGAUGGAUGGUUGUGCUGGGAAGAUGCACCUCCUGGAACAGUGGCUGUCCAGCAUUGCCCUGAUUAUUUUCAAGACUUUGAUCCAUCAGAAAAAGCCAUGAAGAUUUGUGAUGAAAGUGGAAAAUGGUUUCAACAUCCAGAAAGUAAUAGAACAUGGACAAACUACACUCAGUGUAAUGCACAUACAAGGGAAAAACGAAAGACAGCAGUGAACUUAUUGUACUUGGCUGUGAUUGGACAUGGAUUGUCAGUGGCUUCAUUACUGAUUUCUCUUGCCAUAUUCUUUUAUUUCAAGAGUUUAAGUUGCCAGAGGAUAACACUUCAUAAAAAUCUAUUCUUCUCGUUUGUUUGUAAUUCCAUCAUCACCAUCAUCUGGCUAACUGCUGUUGCAAAUAAUCAGAAACUUGUUGAAAGUAAUCCAGUCAGCUGUAAAGUGUCACAGUUCAUUCAUCUGUACUUAAUGGGCUGCAAUUACUUCUGGAUGUUGUGUGAAGGUAUUUACCUUCAUACAUUGAUUGUCGUUGCCGUCUUUUCUGAGAAGCAACACUUGCUCUGGUAUUACCUUCUUGGAUGGGGAUUCCCUCUUAUUCCAGCCACGAUACAUGCAGUAGCCAGAAGCUUAUAUUACAAUGAUAAUUGCUGGAUUAGUUCAGAAACACAUUUGGUGUAUAUAAUUCAUGGCCCUAUUUGUGCUGCCUUACUGGUGAACUUGUUUUUCUUGCUGAACAUUGUCCGUGUCCUUAUAACAAAAUUAAAAGUCACACACAGGACAGAGUCAAACCUUUACAUGAAGGCGGUCAGGGCUACUCUGAUAUUAGUUCCACUGCUUGGGAUCCAGUUUGUGCUGGUUCCGUGGAAGCCAGAAGGGCGAAUAGCUGAAGAAAUCUACGAGUUUGUAAUGCAUAUUUUCAUGCAUUAUCAGGGCCUAUUGGUGGCAACUAUAUUCUGCUUCUUCAAUGGAGAGGUUCAAACUAUUUUAAGACGUCACUGGAUGCAGUACAACAUUCAGUUUGGAAACAGCCUGACCCACUCAGAGGGCCUGCGUUCUACCUCUUGCACUGGAACUUCAAUUACAGAAGUACAUGGAGGUCUGUAUAAUCAUGAAUCCAAUGGUGAAUAUGUAAACGGCAAAACUUGCCAUGACAUUGAAAUCAUUGGUCUGGAAACAGGAGACAUAUGCACCUAAAGAUCAACUGCAAACACGCUUGGUAUUUGAAGAUUUCAAUGACAGUGAGCAUCUUCCUUUCACUUCAAUGUAAGAAUUCAGCUGAGUCCACGCUGAAAGUUAUUUUCACCAUCAAAAUGCUACUCUAUUACUUCUCAAUUGGUUAUUUCAUAUGAGAUGAAGUGAAGGACCUGACAGAUAUAUCCAUGACCUGCGGGAAUUUAGCUGAGACUGCACUCAAAGUUAUUUUCAUCAUCGAUAUGCUUCUCUGUUGAUUCCCAAAUGCUUAUUUCCUGUGAGAUGAGUGAAGGACAUGAUGGAUACAUACAUAGCCUGUGACACAGCUGGAAGAAAGUAUCCUGUACUGAAACAAGAGACUUCGAAAUACUCUUGCGUUUCUGGUCUUCUGACCAAUGUCUCACAAACUGUCUGCCUGUGAAGGUCGGUGCAGUAGUAGAUUAUAAUUCCCCAGGAAGGUGGUCUUUGUCAGGUUGAUAUGCUAAUAUCCUGGUUACUGUAGAAUCACUCUCUUGUGCCACUGUUGAUAUACACCUUACCAAUUCAAAUCUCUGUGUGUGGUGUAACUUUCAUUGAUGUAGAGAAAAAAUCUUAACAUUCCCUCAGGGUUUAAGUUCACUGCCCUAAUGAUAUACUAGUUUUACGUUUUCUACAUUUUAUAUAAAGCAGGCUCUUAUAAUUAUUACACAAAAAAGCUACAUAACUAUCUUGCAGUAUUGAAUUUUUGAAUGUCAUGAUGCUGGAAAAUAAAAUAGUACUCAAUUGUAACUUUGUUUACUUUGUAAAUACAAUGUGUGAAGUGUUGGCAUAUUUAUUGCUUACGUAAUAAAUAUAAUAGCAAUGUGAAAAGUAUUCUCUUCAUUAGCUGAAAAGCGCUUUGAAACAUUGGCGGUCAUGAAAAGCUGUAUAUGAAUGCAAGUCUUUCUUUUACUUUUUGUUGUUUUCUGAUCAUGAUGUAAUAUUAUAUUUUUGAUUUGUUUAAUGUGUGAUGAUAUUAACCAUCAAAAGUUGACCUAACUUCUGCGUUAUAUGUGUAAUUCUUCUCUGUAAUUCAACAUGAUGUGGAAAAAGGAAUUGAAUACCUGAUUUCCCUACAGUUAUUGGAAUGGAGGUGAAAGAAAGAAAAAGAUAGUCUCUUAGUUUCUUUAGAGAAAAGUGGGCAUGGAAUUUAUUGAAGGCUGGCGGCUAUUAUUAAACACCUCUCAAUACACAUGUUCGACUAUUCCCAUUUAAAACUCCUCUGGGUGGGCAAUAAAUGUAACCUAGCAAGUGAUGCCCACAUCUUGUGAAUUAAUUAAAACAAACUUGGAUCUUUAUAGUUUUUUGAGUCAAUUCUAUAAUUUGUAAAGGUAAAGUGACAGUACAGUAAACAAUAUUGGAAUCUGUUCAUCACUUACACAAUGUUACAAUGCAGAAGUAGUUUCCUUGGUCCAUUCAAUCUCUGCGUUUUUUUUUCCUGCACAUCUUGUUUAAUCUCACUCAAUUGCUCAGUGCCCCACAAGUAUUCUUCUCUUUUCGAGGAAUUAUCCAAAGGAUUCAUUAACUCUUCCAUUGCUUGCGCCAGUGUCCUAACUCUCUGAAUGUCAUGAUUUUUAUAAUUUCUCCUAAUCAGAAUUUACUCCAAGAAACAAAACAAUUUUUUGAAUGGGAAACCAUUCAAACCAGCCAAACGUUUGACUUUAUAAGAAACCUAUUUCAACAGCAAAGGGUAAUUUUAUAAUGAAAGAGGAGAUUUAAACUUUUUUGUGUUUAUCAUAAAUGGGCAACUUAAUAUUUUUAAUGUAAAAUUAAAAUAAAUAAUCUAGUUCUUUUUUAACGUGACAUGGACAGUAAUUUAAUCUGUUUGAUUGUUGUCAUAAACAUGUUUUCAGUACACUUUCAAUGUUAAAAGUUGCACAGUCGUCCUAAAUUGUAUACAAUCUGAUAGAGUAAAUCACAUAUAAUGUAGGGAUUAACUGUUUUUUGUGUGUUUGAAAUUUAAAGGGUUAUACAAGAAAUAUCACAUUUUUUUAUAACAUUCAUUAAAUUAAAAAAGCUGUAAGUUUUGUUUCUGAAAGUUUUAAAGAUACAGCUUUCAACCAAACUACAGGGGAUCUACUCUCCUCUUGCAUACCAUCUGCUCUAUGAAUGCCAGAGCUUAUUCAUAUUGUUGUUGUGGUUUUCAUGUCUAUUAUUGUCUUUGUUGAAAUGGUCAUGGCCAAAUUGCCAAGUGUUUUAUUUUCUCAAUGAGAGAAUCAUUUACUGAAUUUGAGUGAUUAUGAUUGCAAGGUGACAGUUAAGACUUAAUGAAUGAGCAUUCUUAUGCAUCAGGAGCAUAAGAAACUAUUGAACGUCCUUUUGUGUUAAAACGUUAUAAUAGGCCCAUUUUUCUGCAGGAUGGUAUGACCAUAACAGUUUAAGAUAAUUACACAAGUUUAUAAAUAUUUGAAAAAAUGAAAAUAAAAAUUAUUCAAAAGUUA